AUGGCGAUCAAGCACAACAACCAGAUCCAGAAGAACCACUUCCGCAAGGAUUGGCAACGCCGGGUUCGCACCCACUUCGACCAGGCUCCCCAGAAGAUCCGCCGCCGCAAUGCCCGUCAGGCUAAGGCUGCCGCUCUGGCUCCCCGUCCCGUCGACAAGCUCCGCCCCAUCGUGCGAUGCCCGACCAUCAAGUACAACCGCCGCGUCCGUGCCGGCCGUGGUUUCACCCUGGCUGAGCUGAAGGCCGCUGGUAUCCCCAAGCUGUACGCUCCCACCAUCGGUAUCUCCGUCGAUGCCCGCCGCCAGAACCUGAGCGAGGAGUCGCUCUCCGUCAACGUUGCCCGCCUCAAGGCCUACAAGGAGAAGCUCGUCGUCUUCCCCCGCAAGGCCGGCAAGCCCAAGGCCGGUGACAGCAAGGACGUCUCCGUCGAGAAGACCGUCUCCAGCCUGUCGUCCGCCCUGCCCAUCGUCCACGUCCCCAAGGGCAUCACCGAGGUCAAGAAGAGCGACAUGCCCAAGGCCGUCGAGGGUGGCGCCUACACGACGCUCCGCAUCGCCAGAAGCAACAAGAGGCAGCAGGGCAAGCGGGAGAAGCGCGCGAAGGACGCCGCCGAGGCCGAGGCCAACAAGAAAUAG